AUGAAGUUCUUCGUCCCUGCCUUCCUUUUCGCUGCUACCGCAAUGGCCCUGCCUGGCUCGGGUCCCGCCGGCGUUGCUCCCAGUUCCGACAACAAGGUCGCGGACGCUGUGAACAAGUGUGGUGAUGGUGCCAAGAUGUCUUGCUGCAACAAGAUCAACAAGAACGAGGGUGUCAGCCAGAACAACAUUGGUGUCCUCUCCAACGUCCUCGGUGCCAUUGGCAGCGAGGGUCUCGGUGUCGGCCAGGGCUGCACUCAGCUCGACAUCCCCGUCUCUGUCCUUGGUGCUGCUGGCCUGACCGAUUUCCUCAAGAAGAACUGCCAGCAGAACAUUGCCUGCUGCCAGAACUCCAACUCCCAGGCUAACGGCAACCUUGUCGGUGUCGCUGCCCCUUGUGUCAGCUUCGGCAGCUUGCUGUAA